AUGGAACGUCUGAAGGCCAAGCGAGGAGCGCGACGUGGACAGUCAACUAAGAUUAUCAAUGAGGCGACGGCUGCCCUCGCAGACACUGGAACUACGGCACAUACGUACGAGUCACUGUUGGAGAGACUUCUUACGACCAGCAGAGAAAUCGGUCAACUCGACACGGAGCUGGAAGCGUUGGUGGCGACUGAGAGCCUCGCUGAAGACUACGCUAUGGUCCUGGAAUACGAGGAUCGCAUCGCUCACACGACAGCGCUGUUGAAGGCGAAGAUUGCGGAGUUAACGGAAGGUGACCGCAGACCUCCUGCGGCCUCUGCAGUAACCGAAGAGGGAACGAGAGGUAGGUCAAAGAGGAUAAAGCUACCCAAGCUACAGCUACAGACCUUCCGUGGAGAUCUGGAUCGAUGGCUCCCUUUCUGGGAACAAUUCUGCGAAGCGGUGCACGAAAACGACGAUCUCACAAAAAGUGAGAAAUUUCAAUACCUGCGGACGCUCUUGUCUGGACCACCCGCUGCCGCUAUAGCUGGUGUGCAAGCUUCGGAGGCGUGCUACGAGGACGCUGUCAAGAUACUAACCCGUCGAUUUGGGGACCGGAAAAGGAUCACCCAGGACCACCUUGCGAAGCUCCGGACCCUCCCACCAACGUGA